ACAACGAUGACACACUACGGAGUCGGAGUAAUUCUUACACUGUUGGCAAUAGGCUUUAGCCAGGCUAAUGGAAACAUAUUCGAGCGGACAUUCAAGAAACUUCACGAGGAACCUUAUGUUCCGACGAACCAAAAUAGAGCCGACGAGGUGCAAACGUUGUGGAUCGAACAGAAGCUGGACCACUUUAAUGACUCUGAGACUCGAACUUGGCAAAUGCGAUAUAUGUUAAACGAUGUGUUUUUCAAAGCUGGUGGUCCCAUGUUUAUAUACCUGGGUGGAGAGUGGGCGAUUAGCAAGGGUCGCAUUUCAGAAGGUCACAUGUACGACAUGGCCAAGGAGCACAAUGGACUUCUAGCCUAUACUGAACAUCGAUACUACGGAGAAAGCCAUCCAUUGCCAGAUUUGUCCAACGAUAGCCUUCAGUUUCUGCAUGUGAAACAAGCUUUGGCCGAUUUGGCGCAUUUUAUAAAAACUCAGAAGGCUUCGUAUAAAGGUUUGAGUGAUUCCAAAGUCAUAAUUGUGGGUGGCUCCUACUCUGCUGCGAUGGUUACUUGGUUCAAGAGAACUUAUCCCGAUCUGGUUGCUGGCGGCUGGGCAUCCAGUGCCCCUCUCUUUGCCAAAGUCGACUUUGUUGAGUACAAAGAGAUUGCUGGACAGUCCAUAGUUUUAAUGGGUGGCUCUGACUGUUACAACCGUAUUCAGAAGGGUAUUGCGGAGAUGGAAGCAAUGUUUGCCAAUAAACGUGGCAGUGAGGUAAAGGCUCUAUUAAAGCUCUGCGAACCGUUCGAUGUGUACAGCGAUUUGGACGUUUGGAAUCUUUUCAGUGAAAUAUCUGAUAUAUUUUCCGGCGUAGUACAGACACAUAACACGGGACAAAUUGAGGGAGUUUGCCAAAAGAUCAUGGCCGAAGGUUCCGAUCUUGUUGGGCUAAGUAAAUUUUUACUAAGUGAAUUUGGAGAGAGCACUUCUAAGUGUAAUGACCUCAGCUACAAUGCAAUGAUUGAUACACUCUCAGACACAAGAUAUUCCGGCUCAGUUAGACGUCAAUGGCUAUUUCAGACAUGUAACGAGUACGGCUGGUAUCAAACCUCAGGUUCCGCCUCUCAACCAUUUGGUACAAAAUUUCCGGUAACUUUUUACACGACCAUGUGCGCUGAUCUCUAUGGCCCCCAGUUCAGUAAAUCUUUUAUCGAGGCCCGUGCGGCUGAGACAAACGAAUACUUUGGUGGACUUACGCCCAAAGUGGAGAAUGUAUACUUCAGUCAUGGACAGUUGGAUCCCUGGCGUGCAAUGGGAAUACAGGACGAGAAGCAGGCCACCAUUAUACCAAAACAUGCGCAUUGCGCGGACUUGGGAUCGAUUAGUAUUGAUGAUACCGCCGAAAUGAGAGCCUCAAAAGAACGAGUAGCUGAACUGGUUCGCGAAUGGCUUUAAUAAAGUUUACAUAUCAUAUUUUUAGUAAUGUAGUUUUAGUAAAAUAUGAAAUGAAUGUCCUUUACUUAAACAACUACUAUGUAUUUAAACAAUAUUAGCGAUAAUAUAAUUAUUGCUUUGAAACAUCAA